CGCUUUAUCCCUCUCCUCUGACCACAACCACCAUGUCCUCGCCAGAGCACGAGGACAGAGGGGACGACAACAAGCAAGACGAGCUCGACGACACUGCCGGCGAGCAUGAGACGGGUGAGUCGCGCCGAUCUCUUCCUACCGCUAAUGAUCAAACCCCCAAGCGCAAGAGGGGUCGCCCACCUGGCAGCAAGAACAAGAAGACCCUCGCUGCUGAGGCGGCCAAGGUUGCCCAAGCGACCACCGCUGGGACGUCGACUGGUGAGGGCACGGCGUCGGAUCCGCCGCCCAAGCGAGGCCGCGGCAGGCCCCCCAAGAGAAAGCCCGAGGAGACCGCCGGUGCUGAGCCUCAACCCAAGCGCAAGCGUGGACGUCCCCCCAAGCCGAAGCCUGCCCCUGCCCCUGCCCCUGCCCCCGCCCCCGCCGAAGCGUCCGGCGAGGGCGAAGAAGGCGGUGCAGCUGAGGGUGAGGCUCCAGACCCUCCCAAACGCAAGAGGGGCCGCCCUCGCAAGGACGCGUCCACCUAAGCUAAUACACGAGCGGCCCGCGUAUUCUUGAUCCCCCUUGUUCCGGUUGCGGAAAUAAUCGCCUUGCCUCCGUCUAUCACAAACGUUCCUGCUACGCUUUCUACGACCUUUCAUGAUUUUUAUUCAUAUCCCUGGUCCUUCUUUAUGCCUCGUUUUCGCACUGUACCCUACAACCAGAUCUCUACUUGCUGUCAAUUUGUUCUUCCUACCUUUGGUUGUAGCCCUUUACUUUCCUGAGGAUCUAUUGUGGUUCGAAUGAUCAUCAUACGCCAUAUUCCUGUCCUCGCGACGCCGGGUACUGUUUCCUUGCGCAAUUCCCAUGAGAAAUUGCUUGCCGCAUGGCCGACAUCAGGGCACAGGAGAUGGCCAGUCAACCGCCGACGACAGAGAUACUCCGAAAUCCC